UUUGAGAUGGGUAUUCUACUUCAAGGAAGGUUUAGCAUGGGAUGGAGGAUUUGCGGAAUUCAAUUGGCACCCUGUUUUAAUCGUUACCGGGUUCAUUUUUAUGCAGGGAAUUGGUGAGAAGUUUGUUUUUCUCUCUUCUGUACAUAACGUUACAUAAUUCAGUCAAAUCUGAAGCGAUGGAUGUCUGUCAAUACAUAAAAAAAGUUAAGUUAUUUCAACAAGUAGUGAAGUUUGGGAAUGAAUCAAUCUUGGAACAGAUUAGUAUGCUAUGCAAGGCUGUAAUGUCAGGGGCUAACGUUACUGUUAUUGAACGAAAUAUACAUUGUUAUGAAACGUGUCAAUGUUUAGUAGAAAUAGCCUGUUAUCGACUUUUUUUGCUAACAAAUGUUAGGUGCUCUAUGGUAAUUUGUUACCCUGAUGCAUUUCGGAGUAAAGUUACUGACUGAGUAGCCUAAAACAAUAGCACCCUUUGAUAAUUUACAAAAGUACAUUCCAGAAUCAUUUGCAUUAUUUCACGUGAAGUACCUCCUUUAGUGUAGCCUAAUUAACUUGAAUGACACAGCAACUUUGAUUGGUAUGCACUUACAUUAGUUAAAAAGAAGUAUUAGUUAAAAAGAAGUAUAGAAGUAUACCUCAUAGCGAUUCUGUCAAAACAGGAUUUUGCAAAAUUUGGUAUUUAUAGCAGGAAUUGCUCAUCCCUGAGGGUGCAUUAUUCCCAUUCAAUUACGGUGAAGUGAAUGCAUUUUCAUGAUUAAUAAAUUGAAUAAGUGUUGUUUUUUUCCUCUGUUUCAGCCAUUGUGGUGUAUAGGUUGCCAUGGACCUGGAAGUGCAGCAAGUUAAUGAUGAAGUUUAUUCAUGCUGGCUUAAACAUAUUGGCCUUCAUUUUCGUUGUCAUAUCUCUGGUAGCAGUAUUUGACUUCCACAAUGCACAAAACAUCCCCAACAUGUAUAGCCUGCACAGCUGGGUGGGGCUAGCAGCGGUGAUACUAUAUUCACUACAGCUUGUUCUGGGAGUGUGUAUAUACUUGAUACCCAUCACCCCGAUAUACCUGAGAGCAGCAUUUAUGCCCCUGCACGUCUACAGUGGCCUGUUCAUCUUUGCCAGUGUCAUAGCCACAGCACUCAUGGGCAUCACAGAGAAGCUCAUUUUUGGCCUGAAAUAUCCCAAGUACAAGGAUUCUCCCCCAGAGGCCAACUUUGUGAAUGUGCUGGGAGUACUAAUAGUAGUUUUUGGCGCAAUAAUUCUCUGGAUCGCUACUCGCCCCUCUUGGAAACGCCCCAGUGAGCAGGUCCUGCGCUCCCUGCCAACUUACAGGGAUGGGUCAGCUGGCACCAAAAUGGGCACUGCCCUCUCACAACAAACUGACCUGAUUGACCCCGAAGGCAAUGGAGAUGCCAGGAGAAGGAGUGGUAAAUUGGAGGACUCAGGACAGGUCAACUGAGUAACAUGAAAACCAACUGCUGGUUCUGUGUAUUUGUUGAUGCUUUAAAAAGUUGCAUGGAUCUACUGUUCUGGCAGUCCCAAAGCAAAUGUAAACCUUUGUUCCAAAUAGCACCUUGAGGAAUUGUUCCCAACCAUUCCAGAAUGUUGACCUUUAAGCAGUUUUUUAUUUUGUAAUUUUUUACAAAUAAAUUACACAGCUCAAUUUGA